AUGAGCGAAAAUAAAAACACUACAAUAACAACAACAACAAUAACAGAUGAUAUACCUGCAGAUCUGUCAUCGUUGACAGUGACUCAACUAAAGGCUAUACUCUCUGCAAAGAAUCUAUCUACUACUGGCAAUAAACCUGCUCUAGUAUUGAGGAUAAAUGAAUAUAAGCAACAAUCUGUUACAACAACAUCAUCACCAACAACAACAUCAGCAUCACCAACUACGCCAACAACAGUAGUAUCAGAGACAAACAGUACAGUUGCAUCUUCAACAACACCUCCACCUUCGUCAACAACUCCACCUCCCUCCUCAAAGAAACAAGCAAAACAAUCACCCGCUGCACAGCAGAGGAAGAAACAACAACAGCAACAACAAACAAAAGUUGAAACAACUACAACUUCACCAACAUUGAAUGGUGACUCCUCUGAGGGUACCGUAAAGAAUGAAUCUGCUCCUGAGCAAGAGACAAUGACCAAGGUUGAGGAAGUGCAACAACCAAAGAAUCAAGAACAGGAGGAACAGAUGGAGGAGUUGAAUGGAGAUACUCAGGAUAGUGCUACAAGCACUCACAAGUCUGAGAAGGAUGCCGAGCCACCUGUAGAGACAAAGAACAUCGAGCUGCAAGAGGCUGAUCAAGCUAAGGAUGAGGAGGAGGUCGCAGCAGAGGAAGAGCAAGAAGAAGAAACAGUAGAAGAGGAGACAGCUGAGUUUAUGGAUGAGCUCGUUAAUAAUGAAGAGCUUGACUACUCUGACAAUGAAGCAAACUAUGAAGAUGUCAUUAAGAACAGCGGUAGUGGCAAUGAUGAAGAUGAUGAUGACAAAGACAACGAGGCUGAUGAUGACAAGGAUGGUCAACGACAGCAACAGCAACAGCAACAGCAACAACCCAAGCAACAACAGACCCAACAACAUAAACAACAACAUAAAUCAGCUGCUGAUGAUGUUGAUGAGCAACUAGUAGAGAAGGCUAUAAAGGAGGCAGAACAAUCAAUUGCUGAGAAGAUCAAGGCCGACAAGGACAGGAAGGGUGAGGACAAGGCCAAGGUUGCACAGGUCCUGGCAGAGAUGGACGAGGCAUUCAAGAAGCCACCCACGCUCAAGAUCACCGGACUGACAGAGACCGUCAUCGAGAAGGACCUCAAGGAGUAUCUCAGCGUGCAUGGCAAGGUGCUCAGCAUUACAUAUGACGGUCCCAAGCGUGACAUUGCCGUUGUGUCCAUGGAGAACCAACAGGCGCAUGAUGAUGUCAAGGAGAAGUUGAACAACAGCAAGCUAAAGAACUGCACACUCAACAUUGUCGACAUGCCACUAGCCGACACACUACUAUUCGUUGGCAACCUAGGUCCAGAGGCUGGCAAGGAUCAACUAAGGAAGAUGUUUGAGAAGUAUGGUGAGGUAGACCGUAUCAUUAUCAUGAAGAAUAAGAAGAAUGGAGACUCUAAGGGAUAUGGAUUCAUUGACUUUAGAACUAAGCUACAGGCCAAUGCUGCCAAGUCAUCACUGGGCUCAACCACUUACAAUGGAAGAACACUCAGAGUGGAUUGGGCAGACCAAUGUACAACACUCGAGUCAAUGCACUCCCGUACAAUCUUUGUUGAUCGUCUACCUAGGAACUUUGUGGACCCUGGCAUUCUCAAGAAGUUGUUCUCUCCAUUUGGCAAGAUUAAGGACUGUAGUGUAGUGCCAAACCCAGCAACUGGUCAACCAAGAGGCUUUGCCUUUAUCGACUAUGAGUUGAUGGAGGACGCAGAGAAGGCACAGAGGACGAUGAAUGAGAAGGACCUCCAAGGCUACAAGAUCAGAGUGAGCUUUGGCAAUCCUUCAAAGCCUGGCUAUACCUUGGGUGCACGUCCUCAAAGACCUGCCCAGGGCGGUCCCCCUCACCCUCCCGCCUCUCCAAUGGGCGGUAGAGGUGGCCAUCCCGGAGGACCUCCUCCUCGAGGUGGAGGAGGUGCCAGAGGUGGAUUUGGAGGUGGUGGUCGCGGUGGAGGUGGCGGCGGUGGUGGCAGAGGUGGUCAUCCCGGAGGACCUCCUCCCCCUCACUACAACGCCCCAUAUCCUAACCAUCCACCAAUGCCAAUCAAUCAGUCGCCACAGCAAUUCCCUCCACCCUACCGUGGAGGACCACCCCCACCCAGAAUGAACCAUCCUGGUGGUCCUCAUCCCUAUCCCAACCAAGGCCAUCAGUAUCCAGGCAUGGUUGGACAUGGUGCACCAUAUGGCUUCCCUCCUCACAUGAACAACAUGAACGUCAAUCCCAACAUGAACAACCCCAACAUGAACAACAACUUCCCGCCUCAACCACCUCCCCCUCAACAGGCCGUGGUCAUCAACAACAUGAAGGCACAACAAGACCAGCUGGCACAGGCCAACGUCCAGAUCCAAAGGAUGCAGGAGCAGCUGAAGGCUCAGUCAGAGAUGUUGCAACGAUCGCAACAAGCACAGGCAGCUGCCGCGGCCCAAGUGCAACUGGAGAAGACACAGAAGGAGGCACUGCUCAUGAAGCAGCAGAUGCAAGAGAAACAGCGCAAGCAGCAGGAGGCCUACCUCAAGCAACAACAACAGCAACAGCAACAACAACAGACCUACAUGCAACAGAUGCAGAAGCAGCAGUAUCCAACUCCCCAACCAACACCGGCCGUGCCCCAACCCCAAGUCAAUCCCGCCAUGCCAAACGCCGCCAAUGCCCAACAGAACUACUACCAACAAUACUAUGAUCAAUGGGCUGCAUACUAUGCCCAGAACAAUCAGGAUAUUCACCUCAAGACCUUUCACAGUACUAUGCGUCGUAUGCUGCACAACAGCAGCAGCAACAACAAACAGAGCAAGUUGGACAAAAGCGAACAUAUGAUCACACACAAGCAGUCAAUUAUAAUCAACCAUUCCAUCCACAUGUACAACAACAUCCCAAUGCACAUCACCCUCACGAUGGCAAGAGGACAAGGCACUAGCGUAGUUGCUGGCCUCUCUCUCCUCUUCCUCCAUAUCACUCCCACUCUACCUACCUACUACUAUCCAGAAUGCUUAGCUUCCACCACCUAUUGUCCAUAA